AUGGCCAAGAAGCGGCGUCAUGUAGCGUCGACGCAACGAGCGUCUGCCACAACGAACCGGGAGAAACCAAUCGAUCAUGAGGCUAUCAAGAAGUCCCUGGAGACUUUGGGGGCCUAUUACGACCGAUUGAGUGGCGAGGUAGUCGGAAUCCCGGCAAGGUUGGAGCGCACACUCCUGCUGCAUAGUCUUGUGGUGCUCGUCGUGCAGAAUGCACUCAUGGUUGUCCAGAGCGUGCCAACUACACAAUUUGCGUUGUUGGCUGGAACUGUCGUCUGGAUGACGAGGAAAAGCUUCGUGGAGUUGUUUCUGCCUCCUGCCCCUCUUCGAGUCGGCAGUGGUCGAGAAAUUGGCUUGAGAAUUUUGAUCCUUGUUUUGGGUAUGAGCGGACUUGGAGCUUUGUAUUAUCGAAAUGAGAUCCCAUCGGAUACCCUCCAUAUCGUGGCUUUCGCGGCGGUAUUUCUGCUUGAUAUUGUAUCGAUAUAUCUAAUUAGAGGAGCAAUAGGCCGACUUACGAUUCGACAAAUACUCUUGUCAGCUAUGGAAGUCACCUACUUAGUCACAGGCAUUUCGAUUUCUCUCAAUUAUAAGAAGGAGUGGAUAUACGAUGAGAUGGCCUUCGCACUCACAGCGGCAACAGCUUUCGUGCACGUGAUAGUGCUGCUCACGGCGAAGUAUGUCGUUCUCCAUUGCUUUGGCGAUAUAAACGGCGCCUUUAUGAAGACACAGCAACGUGGGGCGAAGUUACUUGAGAGUGUAUGGCAAGAUAUUGAUCGCUUCGAACCAGAUCAGCUUUCAGUGGGAGCUUCAAAGAAAAAGAAGUCUAAGAGCAAGUCUCAUAUAAGCUCCAUGAAGACCAUCACCAGUGGCAACGACAGCAGUGCGCUUCAAACUAAUCGGUCGAUAUUCAAGGAGCCCCGCGUGCAGCUUGCAUUGUUGACGUUGGUGCAAAUACUGCUUCUGCUCACGCAACUUGUGCUCUCUGCGCUCGUUCUGUAUUCGUGGGAAAUGACAAGCGUGCUGAUGCUUAGUAGCUCCCACGUGCUCUGGACACUCGGUCAAGUGCGACGAAAAGUGCUUUCCCGCUGCACAGUCAGAUCUGCUGACCAAAAACUCAAGAGCGAGUAG